AUGCUUCACACGAGCAACUACCACUAUCACCAGUACAACAUUCACAACAUACACUGCCACCACACCCACAACGUCCCUCACUGCCACCACAACCACAACGCGUCCAUCACUGCAGCCACUACAGCCGGCCCCACCAACGCCACUACAGCCGGCCCCACCAACGCCACAACAGCCGCCUCCACCAACCCUACAGCCGCCUCCACCAACCCCACUACAGCCGCCCCCACGCCACUACAGCCGCCCCCACCAACGCCACUACAGCCCCCCCCGCCAACGUCACUACAGCCGCCUCCACCAACCCCACUACAGCCGCCUCCACCAACCCCACUACAGCCGCCCCCCCCCACGCCACUACAGCCGCCCCCACCAACGCCACUACAGCCACCCCCGCCAACGUCACUACAGCCGCCCCCACCAACGCCACUACAGCCACGACAGCUGCCAUCAAAAUUGGCUCAACAUAUUCCUCUCCCUUCUCCUCCCCCUGCCACAUGGUCAUAUUUGAGGCCACCUGAAGUUAACUGGGUGAGUUUUCUCCCCAGCCAUUUCUUGCGGGUCAUCAAACCAGCUGACCGGGAGUGGAUUGCCCAGUGCCUGUAUGAGCCCACUGGACAGUUGAGGCAACAGUUCACCCAGAACUGGUUCAACCCACCCAAUCCACCAAAGCUGACAGCUGCAGCACCUGAUCCAGGGAAGUACUUUAUGCAGCGAAUGUUUCUGUGGGCACCCAUGCGCAUGUGGGGCAUUCCUCUCAAGUGCCAUCAGUGCAACGCAAAAAUGCACCACUCGGGGAUUUACACCAAAGUAAGGGAGGUAAUUGAUGUUGACUCAAGAUAUUACUUGGUUGGUGGUGACUAUCCCAGAUGCAGUAGAUGUGUGAUCCCUGUUUGUCCCUGGAGUUCAGAGGUAUUAAGCCAGUUAGACCCUGCACACAGAAACAAGUUUCCUGCAGUUUUAACAACACAACUUGCCCUGGACAGGAAGUGUGUGACUCUGCUUAAGCCUCGAACUCUGGGAAACAGCUCCAGCUACCUCCAGCAGGCAUUAGAGGAAGCACACAGUGAGGAGUGGGCAAGGCGGACCAUUGAGUACUUGUCUGACUGUGAGCUUCAUAAGAAGAGGAGUACUCUAACGCAGAGUGUGGAAGCCCAUUACCAGCAGCCACCACCUUUUAACCCCCUCCCGCUGGCACAGUGGUUCGAGUCAGUUCAUGCCAAUGAAAUAGUGGGUCAUCUCAAUGAGAUGAAAGGUGUCAUUACUUCAACAUAUGGCAGAAUCUUGAAGCUCGACUCCACUAAAAAGAUCACUAAGAAACUGGCUGGCAACAUUUCAGACACAGCUACCUGGAUGACCAAUGUCAGCAAUGAAUGUGGUCAGAUACUCAACUGUGUGCUGACUACUGCAGAAGGAGCUGGCCUGGAUGAAAUGUGCCAAGGGAUUGUUCAGCGCUACAGGGAUGCUGGGGAGCCAGAACCAGAGGUCAUUUACGUUGAUCGAGACUGUUGCAGUGAGAGAGGUGAACCACCGGUCCUUGUUUUGUUUCGGCCAUGGAGCACAAAGGUCAGGCUGGACAUCUUCCAUUUCAUGCGGAGAUUUACAUCUGGUCUCACCACGGAGCACCAUCCGCUUUAUGGGACCUUCUGCUCAAAGCUGUCCAGCUGUAUUUUUGAGUGGGACAAGGAUGACAUCAGUCGUCUGAAGGAUGCCAAGCGGUCAGAGCUGAAGAGGAAACAUGGUGGUCAUCCCCCAACUGAAGCACAAGUUCUGUCCAGCAUCAGCUCCAAGGAACUUGCAAGGCACUGCAGGAGGAGAACUCGAGGGGUGGAGGAAACAAGAAUCUCAAUUCAGGGCUUGUUGUCAUCCAUGUGGGAACUGACGGACACAUCGGGUUUGCGGUUAAUUAACCCGGACAGCAUGACACAUGUGUGGGAGGUGCAACAGAAGCACUUGCCAUGCAUCCAAGAUCCUCCCGGCAUUGAGCUUUAUACCAAACUUGGCUCAGGUGUGCAGAAGGGAGACAAGGUUUUGGAUGUGCUGAGAUGUGGCAGGGGGUCCUCUUCUGUUGAAAGUUUUCAUCGCCACCAGUGUACCUUCAUUCCAGGAUGGAGAUCCAAUGCGAUGCACACACAAAUGUACAUGCUUGAGGGGGGGUCCCGAUGGAACAUCAACCGUGCUCGGGAAGCUGUGCAUCUAAGAAGUGCAUCGCACUCCAGACUCUAUGAUGUCCGCCUCAUGUGCAACCUCAGUUCCCUCAGUAAUCGAGUUCUUGGCCAGUCACUCAUUCCAGAGUUUAUUCCACCCGGGAGACCGACUGAUGAGCACAUCGCUGUGGAGUAUCUGCUGGCUCAGUCUGGCAGAGGAGACAUGCUGCAACCGCAACCCCACAAGGAACUGGACAUCACACUGCCAGACAUGCAGGAUGAAGUUGAGGAGGACGACUAUCCUGAUGCCACCAUGAGUGACCCAUCUGACAUUCUGGCUGAAAACCAACCUGUAGCCCUCAUGAGAGAAGAUCACCCAGACGUGUCAUCUCCUCAGACUCCAGUUGUUGAUUUUGGACCCUCCACAUCACCUCAGUCUCUCACAGUCCCCUCCGGUCCUGACAGUCCUGGCAACGACGCCACAAGUGGACCUUGCACAUCACAGCAGGAUAGCAGAUGUGAUGCAAGGGGCUUUCCAGGGUGGGAGGAUGUUGACAACUUGGCGGAGUUUCUUGUCAGCCUCAACCGCACAAUCACAGCCUUAUCAGCUGGAGAAGUAAAUGAGAUUGUGCGAUUGUAUUUCCUUCUGCAUCCCAUGGACAAAUCUCCCACCAAAUACACCCUGAAAAGUAAAAAGAAGACCCUUCCAGGGCCGUGGAGAGCUUCCAGGAAGCGCAGUGGCUCUGCUCCAGGUCAACAAGCAGCUGAGAGAUUGUUCAUGACCCAUGGCCAGGCAGCCCAAAGACCAGACACCAACAGAGUCUCUGAGUGUGUGUGCAUCAAGCUGUGCAAGGAAUACCAACAGGCAAGAAAUCGUCCAAAGGACUGCAAGGAUAAAACCUUGCCCAUACCACAGUCCAUUGUCCAAACAUACAGCCAUAUUAAACAGCUGCUUGAGGACAGCCAGGCAAUUCAGGGCCAGACCAACUUGGUACUAGUUACCAUCAACACCACCACUGUUUCUUCCUGGUUGCAUGAAAGGCAAAAAAGAGCCGGCAGGGACUCGUUACUGCAAGGUGUACAACUUCCUCAGAAUAUAUCUGUGGCCAAGGAACCCAUGCCAAAGCCAAAACCACUCCCUACAGCACCUGUAGAGCAUGGACACUUGUGCAUGGAGUUUCAGGAGCCAGAAAAUCGCAAGGCAGAGUCAGCAUCCCCCAGCUCCAUGUUCGGCCUGGCCAUCCUAUGA